AUGACAUCACACAGUGACAUUCGUGAAUCGGUUAGACAAAUCGACGAGGGUACUUGGCUUUUCGGGGGCACAUAUGUCGUACGCUACAACAAAAAACCAAGCGACGGCGAACAAAUGAGCAAGGAUUUCAUUGAUUAUAAAAUCUUCGAAGCGCUUGAAAUCGUACCAGACUCGGUUUCUAUCCCUUCGGACAGCCAUGUACGACUAAUUUGUGAUGCCGGAAAUGCAUCUGCGGUUUUCAGUUUCGGUGAUAAGAUUAUUCUCAAGGUCAAAAAAGUUCACGAGGACCAGCCGCGAGAAGAUGGGACGUUGGAAUUUCUAGAUAGACAAAAGCUUAGCUUCGAAUAUCCAUUAUUUCUGUGCUCUAUGGAAGUUGAGGACAGGAUCUUCAUGCUUGAAGCCCAUAUGUCCGGCGAGAGACUCAAUGAAGCAUGGUGGAAUAUGAGCGAGGAAAAGAAGGAACAUGUGGUGAAUCAGGUCGCUGAAAUCUGCAUGGAGCUCAAGAAUUUCCAGUCCUCUUCAAUGACUCCAAUCGACUUUAAGUGGAUGGAUCCUCUUCGCGAAUCGGGACAGCGAGACUGUCGAAUAGAAUCACUUCAAAAGCAUUGCGAAGCCUUGGGAAUAGACUGCUCCACUUUUGUCUUCUCUCACAAUGAUCUUGGUCCAACCAACAUUCUCGUCGACGGUGACAAGGUUGCGAUACUCGAUUGGGAGUUGGCUGGAUACUGUCCAUUGGCAUGGGUUCGCACCAAGUUUGCCGUCUGCGGAGCGUUGAAUGUAAGCCGGGUUCGCGACAAUGUGGUGGAUAUCGAUACUGAAUACAGAGUGCGAGUUGAGAAGAAGCUUGCAGAGAUGGGGUUCCCAGAGGUCACUGAGGCAUACGAGAAGAUGGACAAGGAACGUUCCGAGAAGUGGAUUGCGGCACGUCCAUGGCUUCAGUAG